AAAUCCAAUAUCUUCGUUUAAAAAACAAAACGAAUCAAAAAUACAUUAUUAAAUAUAUUGAUUUCAACGGCCGAAUGAAAUUUAAAAAAUCAAACAGUUAAAUAAGAAUAAUCCUAAAGCUGAACUCAGUGGCUAUUUAUAGCUAAGCCACUGCUUCUCUCACCACAGACGAACAAAAAAAAGAGUUUAGUUCCAAAAGCUUCCACCUACGAUAGAGUCACUCGAAUAGCUAAUCACACAACAACACACAAGAAUGAUAGCUUACAUAGAGCCAUACUUCUUGGACAACGAGUCCGACGCUGCCUCCGUCCUGAACGUCACCGGCAAAUCUUCCGACGGUGUUUCUGAGUCACUCAACAUCCAAGGGGAAAUCUUAUGCGGCGGCGCUGCGGCCGAUAUCGCCGGGAAGGACUUUGGUGGCAUGAACUGUGUGAAGCCUCUUGCCGUAGUGAGACCGCUAGGACCGGAAGAUAUCGCCGGAGCGGUGAGAGCAGCUCUGAGUUCCGAUAAACUCACGGUGGCGGCCCGUGGAAACGGCCAUUCGAUCAACGGCCAGUCCAUGGCGGAAGGAGGGCUUGUCGUCGAUAUGCGGUCCACGGCGGAGAAUCAUUUCGAGGUUGGUUUCUUGGCCGGUGACGGUGGUGGUGGUACGGCGUUUGUCGAUGUCUCGGGAGGGGCAUUAUGGGAAAAUGUGUUGAAACGGUGCGUUUCGGAGUACGGUUUGGCGCCGAGGUCGUGGACUGAUUACCUCGGGUUGACGGUAGGCGGGACGUUGUCUAAUGCCGGCGUUAGUGGACAAGCGUUCCGUUACGGACCACAGACGUCAAAUGUAACGGAGUUAGACGUGGUAACGGGAAAUGGAGACGUCGUUACUUGCUCGGAGAUGGAGAACUCGGAGCUCUUCUUCUCUGUUCUAGGUGGUCUUGGCCAAUUCGGUAUCAUCACCAGAGCUAGGGUUUUGCUUCAGCAAGCACCAGAUAUGGUGAGGUGGAUAAGAAUAGUGUACGCCGAGUUCGACGAGUUUACUCGGGACGCUGAGUGGCUGGUGAGUCAGAAGGACGAGUCUUCGUUUGAUUACGUGGAGGGAUUCGUGUUCGUCAACGGAGAUGACCCGGUCAACGGCUGGCCUACAGUUCCACUCCACCCAGACCAAGACUUUGACCCGACCCGACUCCCACAGUCUUCCGGGUCGGUUCUUUACUGCCUGGAGCUGGCUCUUCACUACAGAGAUUCUGACUCCAACUCAAGCGUCGACAAGAGAGUGGAGAGAUUGAUCGGACGGCUGAGAUUUGACGACGGGUUGAGGUUCGAGGUGGAUCUGCCUUACGUUGACUUUUUACUGAGAGUAAAACGGUCCGAGGAGAUCGCAAAAGUGAACGGCACGUGGGAAACGCCGCACCCUUGGCUUAACCUCUUCGUGUCGAAGCGUGACAUCGGAGAUUUCGAACAGAAGGUCUUCAAGGAGCUUGUCAAAAAUGGAGUCGGUGGGCCUAUGCUGGUCUACCCACUAUUGCGAAGCAGGUGGGAUGACCGUACUUCCGUGGUUUUACCGGAAGGAGAGAUAUUCUACAUUGUGGCAUUGCUUCGGUUCGUGCCUCCCGGUGCUAAAGCUUCAUCGGUCGAUAAGUUGGUGGCUCAAAAUCAAGAGAUUGUUCAAUGGUGUGUCAAAAAUGGAAUAGAUUUCAAACUGUAUCUUCCACAUUACAAGUCUCGAGAGGAGUGGAUUCGUCACUUUGGAAACCAAUGGUCGAGAUUCGUUGAUAGGAAAGCUAUGUUUGAUCCCAUGGCUAUCCUUUCACCGGGUCAAAAGGUUUUCAAUAGGGCUCUUUGACCCCCUAAUUUUCGUUUUUACUUCGGUAUUCUUGAGUUUUGUGGGUUUAAUGUAAUUUUUAUGUAAUUCUUUUUUUCCAAUUGGCCUUUGCGUCUCGUCCAAUUAUGGAGUUCACUUCAAAAGAAAAACGUCCUUUUUUGUUCAAUAUAAAUUUUUCCAGACAUAA